AUGGGUUUUAGAGGAAUGAAUAAAAAUUGGAGCAAGGAUUGCUUGGGACUUCGUUUACGAGUCAGCGGACUUCAUCAAACGUGGAAGUGGUUACAUCAAACUGCAGCUUUGCACGAAUAUUUGAUCUCCGUCACUGCGGCUGACACAGCAGCAUCAGAAAAGUGUGCGAUCCAUAAAAAGUGUAACGAGUGCUAAAGUCCAAUAAUCCCAAUUGAACCAUAAAAUAAACAUUAAAAUAUAUAGAUAAUAUAUUAAAAAUUCGAACAAAAGAAUUCAUAAAAACAAAUCAGUAGACACUUUUUUUAGAUAAAAUCAAAAAACAUUUUAAGUGCC